CCACGACGUAAAAAGUGUAGUUGGUGAAGAUGAAGGUGGCACGUCUACUCUAGCAGCAUCUACUUCAGCAAAGGCAGUUCAUGCAGAUGCACAAGACGAACGCACAGAAAUCAGCGGUACAUCAACCGCAACUACAGCACAACAUCCGCAAGAACAGUUGGUCCUCCACCAAAUCGACGCACAUGGAAAUCUCAUCCCCAUUCCAAAGCUACCAGACAAGGCAGACGAUUUGGUUCUGGGUGAUGAGGACGCGGUGACUUAUAGUGCUGACAUCGAGGAGCUGUUGUUGACACGCAGGGCGACGCGAAGUGUAGAGCCAGAAACGAAGCCAGAAGUCUUGGCGAAGGUGAAAUCUAUGCUACAAGGAAUGGAUGCACCAAUCGUGCACGCAAGAAGAAGCACAACUACGUCUAGUAGGAAACAAAGGGAUAUUUUUGAGAGCUCAACAUCUCGUACAUCAUCUUCUACUUCUAGUAGUAGAAGCAGAUUGAAAGAACUCUAUUUGACAGCGCUGCAUACGAGGGGAGGACAUGGGGUGCUGAAGAUGGUGGAGGAGGUUCGAUUGGAGGAUGAAGCCAAUGCAAAAGCAUCCAAAGAGGCUGCAGUCAGCCAGAAGGACAAGCAAGUUGAACAAGACGCAAGCACUACUGCUGCUGUAGUUCAAUCUGGUACGCCAUCGCGCACUGGUGUUGAUGUAGAAGGAAGGAAGAACAAAGCAAAAUCUUCAACAACACGAUCUUCAAGACCAGUCUGGGUUUUAGAAGUGGAGAGAAAUCUGCGAAGAGCGUUCGAAAAACGACGUCACAUGGCGGAUAAGUCGCGCGACGAUCAGAGCGAUCCCAGUACACCCAUUGCACCACAAAUAAUACCACUCUCGACAUACCACGAUUGCCAGGGUCAGACCAACUGCUACUUUCGGAAUUUAUGUGUGGCACCAAGUGGUCGAUUUUUCGUGUACGCAAAGUCGAAGAACGCUGUGUACCACGAUGCGAUACAUCAGACGAUUGUUAUGGGGAACUUGAACUUGUUGUUGGAGUAUUUAUUACAUACUUGUUUAUAGUAAAAAGUAGAAGAAGUAGUAGGUGCCUGGUCUUAAAACUGAAGAAGUGGUGGAUUCAUUUCCUCUGGGCCUGGUCUCAAAACUGAUUUGGUAGAUCAGGUUGGAGACACAUGACAUGACAAGAAGUAGGUUCAAUUGAUGAAACCCCUAGACGUUCUUCAAUAUUCCGUUCCGACCAGAGGGGUGGGCAAUGCCCUACAUCCAGAUGGACUUCAAGCGGUUCCGGAAGACGCCCAAACCGUUCCGGUUCCUGUUUUCGAAUCCGUUUAAACCUGUGCACCCCUAUUGGCCUGAGAGUAGGAUUCUAGAAACCAAGGGCUUGGUGAUUGGCAAUCAAGAGUUUAACUCCUUUGGCGGCUGGAUGCCUGCAGUGAAUGGCUGGACCGACGAAGAGACCAGAUUGGCAGAAGAGUUGGAAAGACGAAGGGCUUCUAGGGGAGAAGAUGAUGCUCACGAGGAUGGCGAACCCAGUACUUCUAGCGCCAGUGCCAUAUCAAAACCCGAAGAAGGAGACGGGGAUACUGCGAGUACUUCGAAGGCGACAUCAUCUUCAAGAAGGUCAAGAUCUGUUUUAGCCCUGCCUUUCGUUGACAUGCAGAUUGUCGAUAAUGGAUUGCCGUAUCCUCUCCUGCUUGCGCCCUCAGCUUCAGAACAUCAACCAGAGGUGAAUGUCUUGCUGUCCUCCUCAUCCGAGUAUUCAGUGAUGGGCACACUAGACUCGAUGUGGCAAGUCUUCUGCUCCUUGGCACGUUGGGGUUUUCUCGGUGUCGAUUAUCACAGACUGGAGGACUUGAUUGGUGAACAAGAGGAAGCGGUGGGGCACGACGAGGGUGCUGUCAAGAAUUCUAGAGAGCAAGAAACGGUGGAGGACAAAAACGUUUUGUACAGCACAGUCGCCGCGGCAAAAGCGAAAGAACAAGCGUCAUUGUCUGUGGAAAACCUGCUCAGAAGCAGCAGUGACAAUAUUAGAAGAAGUACGAACUUGAAAAAGAACAACAUCAAGAUCAAGAGCAGACCACAGGAGCACCCGAUCGUGAAUCUGUACAUGAUGAACAGCCCUAAAGAUGGAAUGCCGCCUGCUGCGACAAACAGUUCCAAUGUUUCGACAAUGGCCUUCUCUCCGUCGCUGUUUAAGUUUAACAGUUCGAGGACAAGGACGAAAGAAGCCACUAUCAACCCGUCAACAUCAUCUUCUUCCCCGUCAGACAACUUCCUACUCUCCACGGUCGCGUCCACCGUCAAUCCUUUUGAACGGAUGCCACGUGGGCGCUGUCUACCGCAUCUAAUAGCGGGCUGGAAGCACUUGCAAUGGAGGGACCCAGACUUGACCUGGAAGUACGAAUACAACCUGUUGUUGAAGCACAAAGCUGGAGUUGGAGUAGAUCCGUCAAUGUUGGUGUCGUUUCGCAAUUACGUGUAUGAAAGGUUGGGAUUGCUGUCGCCAGCAUCACGAGUGGAAGACUUUUCUAGUAGCACGACUAGCAACGGCGAUAUAGACGAGGAUAUUAGAGUUAGAAGAGAAUAUAGCGGAGGUGAAGGCGAUAUAGAGGACGAUAGAGUUAAUAGAGAAUAUAGCGGACGAGAUGAACCAGGUACUAGGAUACGAAUGGAUUCUCGCAGUUUCAUCGAUCUUGCCUUAAGGAGGAAAGGAAAGUUGGAAAUUGAGCGCGACCAAAAAUAUGGAAAGAUAGUGAACAUCCGACGCAUAGACAAGAAGAAGCCAAAGAUCUUGAUCUUUAGAAGACAUAGCAGACCUCAGGACCUAGAGGAAGCAGGCAGUUUCAAACCUAGAGGAAGUAGUAGUAGUGGUACUGCAGAAAGCGGAAGCUCUCAACCAGAUGGGCGUAGAAGAGGUCGUUUAGACUCAGCGAUAACGGGUGGCAAUCUAGCGAAUGCAGAAGACAUAGCAGAGUAUUUGCAGAACAGGUUCCGUCAGAAAUCAACCACAUCUAAAGGCGAAGACCCCUUUGAUAUCGAGAUUAUCGAUCCCAUAGGAGAGAAACAUGAAGAUGAAGAUGAUGAACAACAACUGCCUUCGCCGUCACUCCUAGAUAUCGUGCUCAAGUCUAUCGAGGGGGACAUUUUCAUUGGGUAUGAUGAAGACGCUUCUGCAAAUUUCCUGUUCUCGCCAGAACAUGCAGCUCUGAUUGCGCCGUGGCGUACGAGAUUUGACAGGACAGCAAGGAUUUUUGACAUAGACCGUGUCUUUCGGCAGAUUCCGCAUAGGAUGGUAGUCCAUUAUGGAGUGGGCGUGCACGGACGAGUUGGGUUGCCUUUGGAGACGGUGGGUAGUUCUUCGGCGGGUGGAGAACACCGUAGCAAGAAAUCUAACGCUGCGCAUGAGACGUAUCAGAACAUGAACAACUUAUUUCAAGGUGGAGUGCUUGCAGGUAUUGACAGGGUGAACCCUGCUCCAGUUGGAGGUCCUGGUGACAGAGCUAUGCAGGAGAAGAAAACAGUCACAGUUACGACCAGUAGUAGCACGAAAGGUCUCAGCCGCGAACAUGUUGCAGGAGAGGUACAACUAGUAGCGGAACAUCAACUCAAUGAGUCCUCAAAGCGUAAAGGGCGAAGAAAAACCCAGAUCAUCCUGUAUCCAAACCGCAAGGAGCUUGGCGGCCUCAAAGGUGUGAUUUUGGGCCAGACGUACACGCACAACAGUACGGACUACGUCUUGCAUCCUGACGAUUAUGUAGUCAGUGCGGACAAAAGUAAAACUUCUGCUUCAAGCGGCACACCACGCGUCCAACGACCAGUCGCCAUCAAACAUGCAGACUUCAUCCUUUCCGGUCUAUCCGAGAUAGGUGAUUACGUUGCCGAAGCCUUAGACUACUUGACAGUGAACGGCGUCAAAUUCGCCUCUAAACCUGGCUUCAAAAGAGAGCACCGGGAACCUCGUGGCACACAACCCAUGCGGAAUCGUCAAUUUGUCAAGCGGAAAGUUACGGAGCAAAUGCUCUUGAUGCGGAGGAUAUUUGGCGACGAAGAUUUUGCCCAUCUGGUGGACGCAGUGCUGACACGGAAAGAGGAAGAAACGGGGAUCGAUUUGAGCUCUUUUUUGGAGAAGUGGAAGAUGGAUAAGCAUGCUGCUGGGUUGGGGACUCCGACUCAUUAGAAGAUGCGGACUACUAGAGUAGAGAUUGUUUUCAUAAAGGCAGCUGCAGGAAGUGGGAGUUAUAAAGAAAUCGUAGUGAAUCAAGAAUAGUGAAGGCGACUUCAUGUUAGGCAGUAUUCAUCCUGGCUCGAGAGCUUGUUAAUUCUACAUAACACCAAUAGAAUUCAUCGCAGUUCUUUAGCUCCCGAAAAAUUUACGACUUGAAGUGGGAAGUUGAUCAGUCAGAUAGGCAAAUUCAUUCACGAAGUGGCCCUUUACUUACGGCACAGAGACUUCUAUGAUCUGAAAUGUUGGCAGUCACAUGAUCCAGAUCCACCAGAGAAUGACCCAUGAUCUCCUCCGAGCGUAAGGUGCUGCAUU